AGCAGAACCCUGACUGUCUUAGCCGGCAUCCCCGUGCCCCCAGCCAUGGCAGGAAACAAGGAGAGGGGCUGCUCUGGCGGAACCCCCCUGGCUCAUGUGAAUGGCUUCCCGCCUGCCGUAUACCCUUUCCCUUUCCCUAAUCCCCACUUCGAGGUGCUCACCAAUGGAGGCUAUUUCCGCAGUUUCCCGACCGACCUGCCCAAGGAGAUGGCAUCACUAUCGGUGGAGACCCAGAGCACAAGUUCGGAGGAGAUGGUGCCCAGCUCCCCCUCUCCGCCCCCACCCCCGCGCGUCUAUAAACCUUGCUUCGUCUGCAACGACAAAUCUUCUGGCUACCAUUAUGGGGUCAGCUCCUGUGAGGGGUGCAAGGGCUUCUUCCGCCGAAGCAUUCAGAAAAACAUGGUCUACACCUGCCACCGGGACAAGAACUGCCAGAUCAACAAAGUCACCCGCAACCGCUGCCAGUACUGCCGUCUACAGAAGUGCUUUGAGGUUGGCAUGUCCAAAGAAGCCGUGAGGAACGACCGCAACAAGAAGAAGAAGGACGUGAAAGAGGAGGUGGUGGUGGAGAGCUAUGAGAUGACGCCAGAAUUGGAAGAGCUGAUCCAGAAGGUUAGCAAGGCGCAUCAGGAAACCUUCCCCUCGCUCUGCCAGCUGGGCAAAUACACCACGAAUUCCAGCGCAGACCACAGGGUUCAACUGGACCUAGGGCUAUGGGACAAGUUCAGCGAGCUGGCCACCAAAUGCAUCAUCAAAAUUGUGGAGUUUGCCAAGCGUCUGCCGGGCUUCACCACCCUCAGCAUCGCCGACCAGAUCACCUUGCUCAAGGCAGCCUGCCUAGACAUCCUGAUGCUCCGUAUCUGUACCCGCUACACCCCAGAGCAGGACACUAUGACUUUCUCGGAUGGGCUGACCCUAAACCGCACCCAGAUGCAUAACGCCGGAUUUGGGCCCCUCACCGACUUGGUCUUUGCCUUCGCCGGGCAGUUGCUGCCUCUUGAAAUGGACGACACGGAGACUGGCUUGCUGAGCGCCAUCUGCCUUAUCUGUGGAGAUCGGAUGGACCUGGAGGAGCCGGAGAAAGUGGACAAGCUGCAGGAGCCGUUGCUGGAAGCACUGAAGAUCUACGCUCGCCGACGUCGACCCAACAAGCCUUACAUGUUCCCCCGUAUGCUGAUGAAGAUCACUGACCUGCGGGGCAUCAGCACCAAAGGUGCAGAACGAGCCAUCACCCUAAAGAUGGAGAUCCCGGGCCCUAUGCCGCCCCUCAUUCGAGAAAUGCUGGAAAAUCCCGAGAUGUUCGAAGAGGAGUUAUCUCAGCCUCCACCGGCGGCAGAACCCCCCAGCUCCGAGGAGAGCCCGGCCGACCCCAAGAGCCAGGAGGAGGCUCCCUAGCAUCACAUGAGAUCUGGGAUCUAGGCUAGGAAAGGCGGGGAGAAAGUCCUUUUCCGUGUAUC